UUCUGCAGGAAAGAAUCUAUAUACAAAUGAAUACGUAGCUAUCAAAUUGGAACCUAUAAAGUCCAGAGCCCCACAGCUGCAUUUGGAGUACCGGUUUUACAAACAGCUCGGCAGUUCAGAAGGGAUUCCUCAGGUUUAUUACUUUGGCCCGUGUGGAAAAUACAACGCCAUGGUGCUGGAGUUGCUGGGACCCAGCCUGGAAGACCUGUUUGAUUUGUGCGACAGGACAUUCACUCUGAAAACUGUGCUGAUGAUUGCCAUUCAGCUGAUCACACGGAUGGAAUACGUCCACACCAAGAGCCUGAUAUACCGUGACGUGAAGCCGGAGAACUUCUUGGUGGGCCGGCCGGGGAGCAAGCGUCAACACACCAUCCACAUCAUCGACUUUGGCCUGGCCAAGGAGUACAUCGACCCUGAGACCAAAAAGCACAUCCCCUACCGCGAGCACAAGAGCCUGACGGGCACGGCGCGCUACAUGAGCAUCAACACACACCUGGGGAAAGAGCAGAGUCGGCGGGAUGACCUGGAAGCCUUAGGCCACAUGUUCAUGUACUUUCUCCGUGGGAGCCUUCCCUGGCAAGGUCUUAAGGCAGACACCCUGAAAGAACGGUAUCAGAAGAUCGGGGACACCAAGAGAGCGACGCCAGUUGAGGUCCUCUGUGAGAACUUCCCAGAGGAGAUGGCCACUUACCUGCGCUAUGUGCGGCGUCUGGAUUUCUUUGAGAAACCUGACUAUGACUAUCUGCGGAAACUCUUCACGGACCUGUUUGACCGCCAUGGAUUCGUGUUUGAUUAUGAAUAUGACUGGGCUGGAAAACCCCUGCCAACCCCGAUUGGCACCAUCCACAGUGAUGUCCCCGUCCAGCCAGUGAACCGGGAUAAGGCUCAGUCCCACACCAAACACCAGGUGAUGAGCUCCACCAACGGUGAACUAAACACCGAUGACCCGACGGCCGGCCACUCCAACGCCCCCAUCACGGCCCCUGCAGAAGUGGAGGUGGCUGAUGAAACAAAGUGCUGCUGUUUCUUCAAGAGGAGGAAGAGGAAAUCCACUCAGCGGCACAAGUGAGCCUCUGGGGCCCAGGCGGACCGGACCCACCGCAGCCCUGUCGCCUCCACCCUUUCUGGCCCCAGAGAUGGCAGGCGGCCCCUGCCUGUGGCCCUGCCUCCUGCAGCCAGGGCAGGGGCGGCCAGGAGAAAGGCCAGGAACAGAGAAGCCGGGGGAGGAAGGGGGGCCACUAGCCCCGGCCCCCGCCCCCCUGGGCCCAGGGGUCACCUACUCCAAGCAAGACUUUGGCAGAAAUUCCUGCAUCUGUGUCUCGUCCAGUCCACCUUGAGAGCGCUAACUAUUUAAAAACCACACACCGAGGAACCGAAGCCUGCCAAGAAAGCACUUCCCCCUGCCCCACCUCUCCCUUCACCCUUCAGUUUGAGGUUGGGCUUGCGCGCAUCAGGGAUUGACCCCUGCAGACUCUGCGUCUCCGCCUGCGCGCUUAGGCCUAAGGUGAAGCCUGGGAGGCCCUGGCGCCUCGUGGUCCUCAGUUUGACCUUCACCACUUAGUGUUAUAAAAUCCAGCCUUUUUCUCUUCCUCUUUCAGAAAGGCCAUUCUGUCCCGGUGUGGGGAGGAGGGAGUUGAGGAGGCGCCCACUCCCCUGCCCUCGUGUGUCGUCUUUGGGGUCCGGGCUAUGCCUUGUUACCCGUGCACUUUGAUCAUCCGGGGGUUCUG